UUCAUGUAAGCAGUCAUGAAAUUUUAGCAUUAACAACAAUAUGGCCGACAGCUGAUAGGCAGCAUCGAAACCAAACUUAGAGAAGAAAAGUGCCAGAGCAUCUUGUUAGAAAUACAUCAAGAAUUUUUAUCUGAUGAUUGUUUUAAACAGACAUGCAGCCGACACCUCCAAAAUCCAGAAAACCUCAGUACAGGAGGCCAUUUUAUGAUGCUGGGAAGAAAACCAGUGCAGAGAUUGUGUCAGAGGCUAGAAAUUCCAUGAAACCACUGGAAACAAGCAGACCAUUCACACCACUAGAUACAAGUAGAAGAUUGUUUGGAAACCAGUCAAGGCCAGCUGAAGGAAGGCCUCCUUCUGCAUUCAGCAUUGGUGCAAAAGCGUUUUCAGAAACAGGAUCAAGAAGUGGAUCACGACCUCCAACAGGAAAGCUUUCUCCUUUGAAAAAAAUUCCAGAUGUUGGUGCCUAUCCAGAUUCUUCUCAAAAUUACCUAGAAGGAUCUGUGACGGCAGGCCAAUCGUCGGAGAUUUCUUCAGAUCACCAAGAGAAACCAAAAUAUUCAAAACGUCGGUCUUCAAAUGGAACUGAAUGCUUUGACAGAACUGGUUUCGAAAACCAUGACACAGCUGUGGUUGGGGAAAAUCAACAAUUUCCUCCUCCUCCAAAAAGUAUGGAGCCAUCUGUGACGAAAACAGGCCGUCCAUCGUCAAGACAACGAUUUGUUGGCAGACGUGUGCAAAGUGGACCGAAAGAGCAUUCAAACCAACGCAGCCUAGAAACAUCACAAGAACUUAGAAAGUCAAAUUCUUUUGAUUCUUUUGCAAGAGAUGUCAAAUCAGCUGAUUCGGGUGUUGUUUCUGAUGCAACUGGCCAAUCUGAUCGGCUACACAGUGAAGUUUCUGGAACUCGAUCUUUGUCGUCAAAUGACAUCACCCCUGGAAACCAAUCUAUUAAACGUGCAUCCAUAGACUCGGUGUUAAAUGUUCAAAACUCUAUAUAUAAUGAUAAAGAAGAGCGAAACAUCAAGGACAAUAAUAGUGCUCGUCCUUUGUCGUCAUCGUCAGAAGCAGAUACUGAUAACCAAGCAGUAUUUUUUAAGGAGAAUGUGGAACCACUUCUGAAGCAAAUGGAGCUAAACUAUCUGCAUACAGAUAUGGAAGCCCUGAGCAUUAAUUUUGAUGUAUUGUGGAAAAGUCUUCAGUUGUGUGGCAUGUUGAGCAAAGUGUCUGGCAGUGGUGCAGCUAGGCGGCGGACAGCUGUUUUGCGGACCAUAUUUAAAUUUGUCGAGGCUGACAGUGCUGAGGUCAUUCUGAAGUUGUGCAAAUUGGCGUUAAUGAUGAAGGUGACUGGCAAUAACUUAACAAACAUAUGCAAGUUGAUUUUCAAGAUAAGUAAAGACAAAACAAAAGACACUCUUUUUAAAGAGCAUGACCUUCUCCGGCACAUGACUGAGAUUAUACGAAAUGCUGACAUUAAUCUGCUCUGUGAUGGAAUUAUAUAUGCCAGUGGGUCAUUGAAGUUUCUUGCAGCAAAUAGUAUUUUGCACGAAGAGCUAUUGGAAGCAGAUUGUGUUCAGUGCUUUGUUGAUUUGUUAAACAAAAUCAAACAGUUGACUUCGACUGAGUCCCAAGCCCUUCACUUGUCACAUAUUCUCGUUCAGGCCAGCGCUGCUAUCCGAAAUAUUGCAGAUAUACCAAACAUUCGCGCCUCGUUUCUCAACAGCGGUCUCAUUCGAGUGUUGUUGGACCUUCUACAAACAUACUGGAAAGACCCAGACUACAUGCUAAAUGUUUCAAGGAUACUAAGUAAACUCACUCAGUACAGUGACUGUUGCCAUCUAGUAUGCGAGAGUCCAGACAGUCUCCAGCUAUUUUUGAAGGCAAUAUCACAUUUCAUCAAUGAACAGGAUGUGGUCGUUCGACUGGUUUUCGUGUUGGGCAAUGUCGCUGCGAAGGAUACCGACGCCCGUACAGAUCUACAUUUCAAGUACAAUUGCUUGGACGUUUUGGUGCAGCUGUUGAGUAAAUACGUUACCGCGCUUCGUCAGGACUGCAAUAGGAAAGAUGGGGGCUCAAAAAGUGACAAUGAUGCUGAAACGGAUAGUGAAAAGUCAAUCGAGAUUCUUGUGAAGACUGUGAGAGUGAUUGCAAAUAUGUCCAUUGACUCGGAAGUUGCAGCUGACGUUAUUGAAAACGAGACAUUCCUCGAUAUCAUUCAAAAUAUUCUAGAAAUCAAAUCAGAAGGGCCAGUGAUUGAAGAAUUAUUCAUCAACACAGCAGGAAUGUUGAAUAAUCUCUCGUUCUAUUCUUCUGACGAUAGCGCCUUUUCGAGGCGAACCAAGAAUCUCACUGAAGCCCUUAUAAACUUGCUGUUUAUCGACAACAUGGACUGUAUCAUAGAGGCGACAAGGGUGUUUGGCAAUUUGACAAGAUGUAGAGAUAUAAGGAACGUACUCAGAGAAAGAAAAGUCGUGCAAAUGUUGAUUACUCUUUUGGAGUCAGCGGACAGAGAAGUUGUUUUUUGCUCCUGUGGAGUACUGAUAAACCUUAUGGUGGACAACGAAAGUAGGCAAAUUUUUCAAGAAAACAAAGGAGUCAGAAAGCUUGUAGAUGCUCUGAAGGACUUUGGACAAACAGACUGGCAGCUUUCCUGCAUGAUAUGUCAAACUCUUUGGAACUACAGCGAGAAAAUAACAAGUGCUGUCUCGUGUUUUGGUGAAGAAGAAACUGAGGAUCUUAUACAAACUUUGCAGGAUUACACAGAUCCAGAGGUAGCCUUUGACUAUAGCAAUAAUCCUCAUAUUGAUUCUGAGGCUGUCGACCUCAUGAUGCAAAUAUGGAAUGAGCAGUUUGAGCAAGUUGGAAUUCGGCUGUUGAGCAGAAUCGAAGAUAACCACACGAAUCUGAGGCCACUUGUGGAAGAACCAGAUUGAUCUUUAGUCUUUUGACGAUCCAGGAUUCUUGGCUAAUGGAAGUGCACUCGUAAUUCAGCAUGCCAGUUAGACGGCAUAAAAGGAAGAACUUUACCUGACUGUGGAGUCUGAUAUCAACGUUUGCUGUGUCAGAAUUUUUGUGAACCAAAUAAUGUAACCUUCGCAGCUGGGAGUAACAAGAGCGAACGGGUAAAGCUGCUUCCAGUUCAAUUACCUUUAUAAAAAAUACGAAAGAGGAUGAUGGCAAGAAUGGUCGAAUGGUAUGUUUCUCCAAAUGAGCAAAAAAAUUGUUGUGGCAGACCAAUCUGACUCGAUUAUGGUUCAGCACUAUCAAUGUCAUUUAAUAAAAUAGCUAAGUCGUUUUAUUUUAUUCAGAAGUUAAAAUCAUCCAAGUUGUAAGUAUUCAAUAGAAAUAUAUCUGUAUAUGUUGAAAACACGCAGUGAAUAACCUGAUAAAUGUGCAAAGAGAAGUUCGUCAAGAUGAAGUUUGUUAAGAUAACCCUGUAAAUGAAACUUGUUCUCUCGUA